CACACGAGAUGGUUUUUAGAGAGAGAAGUUCUCCCCUCUCUCUAAAAAUUAGGGUUUAGUGGAUCUGCCGCCCCCUCUUUAUGGGUCUCCCCUCCGCCAUCGGAGCUUCUUCCCUCUGUAAUAGAGUUUGUCUCCUCCCUUGUGGAGGUUCCUCUCCCAUGUAUGUGGGUUUUUCUUCCUAUUUUACCAUCCCUUUACCUUCCUUUGUACCACCACCACCACCAUCAACCACCACGUUUUCUGAUCAACCACCACCUUCAACCUCCACGUUUUCUGUUCAACCACCAUCAUCAACCACCAUCACGUUUUCUGUUCAAUCCUCCAGCAACCGUCAAGCUAUGGUGCUCUCAAAUCUGAACCAAACUUCAACAAACUGUUUACGAAUUUGUGGCCAUGUAGAACGGCCUCCACCGGAGCCACCACCAUUGGAAAAAAUGAAAGUAUUGGGAUAUUGUGUUUUUAGAUUUGCGAUUGUUAUUGUUUUUGUGUUUUCUUGUUGUUAUGUGUGUUGUGUUUUGUUCUUCAGUUUAAUCUAUGUUAAGUUUGCACUUAUGGUGUUUGUUAAAAUGCUUCAAAGAUGUUUGGCUGAAGGGAUUCAUGAUGAGAGUAAGAAUCUAAUAGUGAUUGCUGCAAACCAGCUCAUCUUCUCCACUCAAGAAAUGGUUCCUUCACAUGUGGUGAGUUUAAACAAUUUCGAGAACCCGGAUAGUCGAUAUGUGCGUCCACAAGCCAAAGAAAUGAUCCGUAAUUGGAUAGAGUUAAAGACUGUGGUUCCUCAACCCACUUAUCAUGUGUGGAAGAAUCUUGCUUGGUUGCUUGGAUUAAGCUAUUGGUUUUGUAGUAUUUUACUGGUUUCUAACUCCUUUAAGCUUAUUGAUGUCCAAACCUUGGUUGGUUUAGUAAAUUGUAUUGUUUUUAGAAUGUGGUUAGAGAAUGUCCUAACAUAUGUAUCUCAAUGUUUGUACUCUCUUUAUCUUAUUAUCUAAUGGAAGAUGUUGUUUACCUUAAAAAAAAAAAACAAUAUA